GCCUGCCGGAGACUUACUAAAGUUAGAAUUAAAACACUAGCUACUACUUUGUUUACGAUAGAGCAAGCUAUACUCGCGGGAGAAGCAGGCUAUGUAUCUAUUUCUCUCUUUACUUAUAAGCUUCGUACUUAUUAUAAUAGCUUGUACGUA